UAAGAAGGUAAUUAACUGUUUUCUUUUAGUCAAUGGGACUGAUAGUUUGUAAUCUUAUAAUUUGACUUUUAACUACAAUUUAUCCCCAAAAAUGGACGGAAACAGCGAUUUUCAUACGAGCGAGCAGGUAAAAGGGGCAAAAGAAAAGACAGUCUCUUUUGUUCCUGACAUCCAGUUGAUGAUGUACGGACUUGGCGAUUGCUCUAGACCUCUCAGGGAAAGCGCUGAGCUAAUCGAAACCAUCGUCGUUGAGCAAAUGUCGCUUAUGCUGUCACAAGCAAAAGAAGUGAUGCAGUGGCGUGGAGGCAAUGUCAUGCAACCUGAAGAUAUAUUGUACCUGCUCAGGAGAAAUGAAGCUGCAUUGAAACGCUUCAUCACAUACAUAGGUGUAAGAGAUGAAAAAGAUGUUUUGAAUUCGAUGAUAAAAGAUAUCCCGAAAAUAAUGGGAGAAGGGGAUCAGACAGGUGAAAGCAAACCUUUAGUAUGGAAAGACGGCAGGAAAGAAUAUUGCUUGCAUAAAUUAAAAGACUUUGGGAUUGAAGAAGAGGACAUUCUGUCCUUGACGGAUGUCAUUAAGGAAGAGAGAACCGCGAGAGCUUGUAAAAUGUCACUUAACCUCACAACAGUGGAAUAUCAGGAGUUUCAUACAGCGAGGUGUAAGUCUUUUUUACGGGCAAACAUGUCCCAUUCUGCGUUUAUGUUGUGGCUGAAGACGAGAGUGAAGUGGAACGAAGAAAUACCGAUUCCCAUUCUUGAAAUCCUCAUCUAUAUGGCCAAAGAGACCAUCGCCUCUCUCAUCGACAAAAUUUUGAACAUUCGUGAAGAAAGAGGAAUAAUGUGGUCGAACAUGACCCCGAUUAAGACAAGCGAAAUUCAAGAAGCGAUGCGUAGGCAUAAUUUCCAACAGACGCUCACAUUCGCUCCGUUUUCUAGAGAUUUGCCAACGACCAUUCACACCCGACUGCUCGCUUUCUAAUCUCCAUAUAUUUUUUGUCUUUUAAAUAAUUUCUGUGAUAUAUUUUAGUAUGUACUGAUUUUGUUUUAAAUUACAAUUUUCCCAAUUUAAAUCACAUUUAAAAUAAACAUUUCGAAAAUUGA